ACCAUGUCUGGACGCGGCAAACAGGGCGGUAAAGCUCGCGCUAAGGCGAAAACGCGCUCUUCCCGGGCAGGACUGCAGUUUCCUGUUGGCCGAGUACAUCGCCUUCUCCGCAAGGGGAAUUAUGCAGAGCGGGUGGGGGCUGGCGCCCCGGUGUACCUGGCGGCGGUGCUGGAGUACCUAACGGCCGAGAUCUUGGAGCUGGCGGGAAACGCGGCCCGCGACAAUAAGAAGACCCGCAUUAUCCCGCGCCACCUGCAACUGGCCAUCCGCAAUGAUGAGGAGCUUAAUAAACUACUGGGUAAGGUCACUAUAGCGCAGGGCGGUGUCCUGCCCAACAUCCAGGCGGUACUGCUGCCUAAGAAGACUGAGAGUCAUCAUAAGGCCAAGGGCAAAUAAAAGUCUGCACUUGGAUUAAGGAUCAAUUUACAGUAACUCUGACAACUCGAAGCCAAAGGCUCUUUUCAGAGCCACCCACGUAUUCUAGAAAAGAGCUUAACAUUUGUUGUGGGGAUGACCCCAACAGUUUUAUCAUUUCCCUUCCUGAUUAAAAUAGUUAAAAUAGAGUAUAGAUAAUUUGCUGGUAGGUUAAGAUGAAAUAGGUCAGGGGAGGGAACAACAUUAGCAUGUUCUAGGUUCUAAAGAGGGAGUUUAUUUAAGUAGACCUGUCAUUCUAUUUGGCUCUUAGUUUAAAACCAAUUUGAGUGUACAGUCAGCCGGUAGCUUUCUCAGUUAACAAAGGAGACAGGCACAGAAGCGUCGCCCUGGCUCGUUUAUAAGUGCAGCCAGCAGUUGGCUACCCAGGUCGGUCUCGGUACCGUGGCGCUGCGUGAAGUCCGCUCCUACUAGAAGUCUGCCAGUUUCAGUGCUUGGUGCUCAAGAUAACGCACCCUUCCGGACCGACCUGAGCCUCCAGAGCUCGGCCGUGAUCUUGCUGCAAGAGGCGUGCGAGGCCUACCAGCAGAAGGCUCAUCAAUGACAUCCAACCUGUGCGCCAUCCACGCCAAGCGCGUCACCAUCAUGCCCAAGGAUCUGUCCAGCUCGCCUGCAGAUCAUUGGGUAGAGCUUUGAGAUAUCUACACCUCCCCAAAAGCUGCCUGUCAGCCAGAACUUUUUUUUUCCCUUUUUUCCUGACAGUAGAUAAAGCUCAGUUCUUUGUUUUACCCCGAGUAGCGAGGCACUUCCUCCCCACUCUGUACCUAAAUUUACCCUCUUAAAAUGAAACGAGUAAAAUAAUGGGAAGACCACCCUGAGACCAGGCAAAGGCUGAGGAAGAUUUGAAAUAACCUCUAAAAUCUCAAGUGCUGUUGCCUCAUGAGAACUUGGCAGAAUAGACUAAUAAAACCUUAAAACCAAGAAGUUUGAGGAAAUGUUUCCCGUAAGUAUUGCCUUUCAAAUGUAAAGUGUUAAGAAAUCGCCCAGUCACCGUGGAGAAGGAAAAUAAUACAAAUAGAGGACUACGGUAGUGUUUGACAAGGGGCUGUUUUAUGGGUGUUGUACAGAGUGUUUGCUGGUGCUUCUGACAAACCGAGGUCUCCGGGCUCCUCUGACAGGGU